AUGGAGCAUAAUAACUCUCAUCUAACGGUUCGCUAAGAGUUGCCUGUAAAAUAAAGUGUUUUUAAUUUAAAUGAGCACUCUUUGCAACGAAAUAAACAACCGUUUUCAGCGCCCCAAACACAACUGCAUAAUGUUGCGUUUUAUGCAUAGACUAUAAACUGGUUGAACUGUUGGAGAAGAUGGUUUACGCAUCUGUUUGCUUAUGGCUUUUAGGAGUUUUAAAGUUGACACAGCAGCAGCCUCAGCCACCCAGCUCAACAGUAAAUGGCGUUUCUGUUUAUACAGAUGAAACGGAGACAAUAUCAGUGAUGGAGGGAGAUUCGGUCACUCUAAACACUGAUGUUAUUGAAAUACAGACACAUCGUCUGAUAGUGUGGACAUUUAGACUCAAAGGUUCAGAUACUGUUAUAGUUGAAAUCUAUAAAGGGAUCAUCUCUGUUUAUGAUAGUGAGAAUGAUGAGAGAUUCAGAGACAGACUACAGAUAGAUGAGCAGACAGGAUCUCUGACCAUCACAAACAUCAACAGAUUACACUCUGGACUUUAUAAACUACAGAUCAUGAAUAAAGACAUCAUAUACAAGAAUUUCAAUGUUGCUGUCUAUGCUCUUUUAACUGUUCCUGUCAUCAGUGAUUCUCCACAAAAACCUUCAGUAUCAGAAAGUUCAUCAAACUAUAAUUGUUCACUGCUGUGUUCAGUUGUGAAUGUGAGUCAUGUGACUCUCUCCUGGUACAAAGGAAACAGUUUAUUGUCCAGCAUCAGUGUGUCUGAUCUCAGCAUCAGUCUCUCUCUACCUCUGGAGAUUCAGUGUCUGGAUGAUUCCUACAGCUGUGUGGUGUCUUAUUCAUUCACCAACCAGACUAAACACCUCAACAUCACUGAUCUCUGUCACACGUGUCCAGGACCCAGUCAGCAUUUAUUUCUCACAGUCAUUGUUGUACUGCUGCUAGUGGCCAUAGCGGGGGUUGUGUUGAUGUAUUGUUACUGUAAAAACUACAAACGAGUGAAACAAGAAGCUCAGAAUACUGAGGAUCAGGUCAGUUAUACCGAUGUGACACUUAGCACACACCGAGCUUCAGAUAUGGAGAUUGUUGGACGGGAUCAGACAGAGUAUUCAAGAGUUGCUUUUAGAUGAUGAUAACACAGUCUGUUAUUGUAGAGUUUAGUCAUUAAAGGACAGAGCAUGUUGGAGCACAUGUCAGAGUGUAACAAAGCUAAACCUCAAAUGUAUUGCUGUCGCUGUUUACUACAAGUGACUGUAUUUCUGUUGCGUGUUAUAAACACUCUCUCAAAGAAUUUGAGCUUUAUUAAGAAAGAAAGACCAAAGAAACUACAGACAAUAUGGUGUCCUGCUAUUGGAGGGGCUUGCUGCCAAGUACAUUAGACACCCCAUUUACCUCAAUCUUGUUUGCACCUGUAGGCUUCAUAACUCUGUCAUGUCUAGACUUGAGUAGAGCUGGUUUGUAUGCUUAGUAUUAGUUAUUAUACAGCCAUCCACAUGAUACUAUCCAAUUCCAAAUCACAGGACAAAAAGAGAUAAAGAGAAAGAAGUAAACUCAGAAAAGUAGAU